GCGUCGGGAGGCGGCGGUCUGUUCUCCGCCGAGGAGGAGCGGGGUAGAGGAGGGAGGCAGCGGGUGAGAGUUCAGAGUUCAGCGGCAGCCCGAGCCCGAGCCCAUGAUUCCCAUAUGCCCGGUAGUUUCUUUCACCUAUGUGCCCAGCCGGCUGGGGGAAGAUGCCAAAAUGGCGACCGGCAACUACUUUGGAUUCACCCACAGCGGGGCGGCGGCGGCGGCGGCUGCGGCCCAGUAUAGCCAGCAACCAGCUUCGGGCGUAGCCUAUUCGCAUCCAACGACAGUUGCUAGCUACACCGUCCAUCAGGCUCCAGUAGCUGCCCAUACAGUUACUGCUGCUUAUGCACCAGCAGCCGCCACAGUUGCAGUUGCCCGACCUGCUCCAGUAGCUGUUGCAGCUGCUGCAACAGCUGCGGCAUAUGGAGGUUACCCCACUGCACAUACAGCAACUGACUACGGUUAUACUCAGAGACAACAAGAAGCGCCCCCACCACCACCACCAGCUACUACACAAAACUACCAGGAUUCAUACUCAUACGUGCGAUCCACAGCUCCUGCAGUAGCUUAUGAUAGUAAACAGUACUAUCAGCAACCAACAGCAACUGCUGCUGCGGUGGCUGCCGCUGCCCAGCCUCAGCCUUCUGUUGCUGAGACCUACUAUCAGACAGCCCCCAAAGCAGGUUAUAGCCAAGGUGCAACUCAGUAUACACAAGCCCAACAAACUCGACAAGUGACAGCCAUAAAACCAGCCACACCAAGUCCAGCUACCACUACGUUCUCUAUUUAUCCUGUGUCCUCCACCGUCCAGCCAGUUGCAGCUGCAGCUACUGUGGUGCCGUCCUACACCCAGAGUGCUACUUACAGUACCACCGCAGUUACUUACUCUGGUACAUCUUAUUCAGGUUAUGAAGCAGCAGUGUAUUCAGCUGCAUCCUCCUACUACCAACAGCAGCAGCAGCAACAGAAGCAGGCAGCAGCAGCAGCUGCUGCUGCUGCUGCAACAGCUGCCUGGACAGGGACCACCUUUACUAAAAAAGCACCAUUCCAAAACAAACAACUGAAACCAAAACAGCCUCCCAAACCACCCCAGAUUCACUAUUGUGAUGUGUGUAAGAUCAGCUGUGCUGGACCACAGACUUAUAAAGAACAUUUAGAAGGACAGAAACAUAAAAAAAAAGAAGCCGCAUUGAAAGCCUCACAAAAUACCAGCAGCAGCAACAACUCUACACGUGGGACUCAAAAUCAACUACGUUGUGAGCUCUGUGAUGUGUCUUGUACAGGAGCAGAUGCAUAUGCUGCCCACAUUCGUGGUGCUAAGCAUCAGAAAGUGGUUAAAUUACACACAAAACUUGGUAAGCCCAUUCCUUCAACAGAACCAAAUGUUGUUAGCCAAGUCACUUCUUCUACUGCUGUGUCUGCUUCAAAACCAACUGCCUCUCCUUCAAGCAUUGCAGCGAGCAAUUGUACUGUGAAUACUUCAUCAGUUGCAGCUUCUUCAGUGAAAGGUCUUACAACUGCAGGAAACUCAUCUCUUAAUAGCACAUCCAACACUAAAGUGUCAGCAGUGCCUACAAAUAUGGCUGCCAAGAAAACAUCUACACCCAAAAUAAACUUUGUUGGUGGUAAUAAGCUACAGUCAACAGGAAAUAAAACAGAUGACUUGAAAGGAACUGAAUGUGUUAAAAACACUCCUGUUACAUCUGUACAGAUUUCUGAAGUCAAGUCAGAUACAAUGUCAGAAUCAGUCACGCCCGCGUCCCUUGCUGCUUUGCAGAGUGAUGUGCAGCCAGUUGGCCAUGAUUAUGUAGAAGAGGUACGAAAUGAUGAAGGAAAAGUUAUUCGAUUCCAUUGUAAAUUAUGUGAGUGUAGUUUUAAUGAUCCCAAUGCUAAGGAGAUGCACUUAAAAGGACGAAGACACAGACUUCAGUAUAAGAAAAAAGUCAAUCCAGAUUUACAGGUUGAAGUGAAACCCAGUAUUAGAGCAAGAAAGAUUCAAGAAGAAAAAAUGAGAAAGCAAAUGCAGAAAGAGGAGUAUUGGCGAAGACGAGAAGAAGAAGAACGCUGGAGAAUGGAAAUGAGGCGCUAUGAAGAGGACAUGUACUGGAGAAGAAUGGAAGAAGAGCAGCAUCAUUGGGAUGACCGUCGCCGAAUGCCCGACGGAGGGUAUCCCCAUGGUCCUCCUGGCCCAUUAGGCCUUCUGGGAGUUCGACCCGGCAUGCCUCCUCAGCCACAGGGACCUGCACCUUUACGUCGUCCUGAUUCAUCUGAUGACCGUUACGUAAUGACAAAACAUGCAACCAUUUAUCCAACUGAGGAAGAAUUACAAGCAGUUCAAAAAAUUGUUUCUAUCACUGAACGUGCAUUAAAACUUGUUUCAGACAGUUUGUCUGAACACGAGAAAAGCAAGAACAAAGAGGGAGAUGACAAGAAAGAGGGAGGUAAAGACAGAGCUUUAAAAGGAGUUUUGCGAGUAGGAGUAUUGGCAAAAGGAUUACUUCUCCGAGGAGAUAGAAAUGUCAAUCUUGUUUUGCUCUGUUCAGAGAAACCUUCAAAGACAUUAUUAAACCGAAUUGCAGAAAACCUACCCAAACAGCUUGCUGUUAUAAGUCCUGAGAAGUAUGACAUAAAAUGUGCUGUGUCUGAAGCUGCAAUAAUUUUGAAUUCGUGUGUGGAACCCAAAAUGCAAGUCACUAUCACCCUGACAUCUCCAAUUAUUCGAGAAGAGAACAUGAGGGAAGGAGAUGUAACCUCGGGUAUGGUGAAAGACCCACCGGACGUCUUGGACAGGCAAAAAUGCCUUGACGCUCUGGCUGCUCUACGCCACGCUAAGUGGUUCCAGGCUAGAGCUAAUGGUCUGCAGUCCUGUGUGAUUAUCAUACGUAUUCUUCGGGACCUCUGUCAGCGAGUUCCGACAUGGUCUGAUUUUCCAAGUUGGGCUAUGGAGUUACUAGUAGAAAAAGCAAUUAGUAGUGCUUCUAGUCCUCAGAGCCCUGGAGAUGCAUUAAGAAGAGUUUUUGAGUGCAUUUCUUCAGGAAUUAUUCUUAAAGGUAGUCCUGGACUUCUGGAUCCCUGCGAAAAGGAUCCCUUUGAUACCUUGGCAACAAUGACUGACCAGCAGCGCGAAGACAUCACAUCUAGUGCACAGUUCGCACUGAGGCUCCUUGCAUUCCGCCAGAUCCACAAAGUUCUAGGCAUGGAUCCAUUACCCCAAAUGAGCCAGCGGUUUAACGUCCACAGCAACAGAAAACGAAGAAGGGAUAGCGAUGGAGUGGAUGGAUUUGAAGCUGAGGGGAAAAAAGACAAAAAAGAUUAUGAUAACUUUUAAAGUUUCUGUAAAUCUUCAGUGUUAAAAACAACAGGUGCCCAUUUGUUGGCUGUUUUCAUGCAUAGUAAAGUCUACUUUGAAAAUUUUAUCAAG